GUUUCUGGAGAUCGAUCUGUUACGGCGGGGUAUAUUGAUCCAGCAGAGAUUUCAGUCUUUUUAGGAACAGAUGACGGUGCCAUUGUUCGUUUCAUGCUUUAUUCGCUUGAGGGAGUUAGCGAAAAAGUGAUUAGUUAUCACGAACAGAAUGAAGGAGCAAAUUUUUUUAUGGGCCAUACGUGUGAAAUCACGAAAAUAACUAUGAACCAUGACGCCUCACUUUUUGCAUCCGGCGAUUGUAGUGGGGUUUACAGGAUAUGGGAUGUGGUCAGUCGCCAGUGCUUGAAAAAUGUUCAAAUGAAGGGUAGCAUCUGCAAACUGCAGUUCAUUCUUCACUGGAAGAGCAUUAAAGAUCCAAACUAUCCGAAAGUCGAUAUUGCAAUUGGCUCUCUUCAGCGUUCCCGUAGUAAUCAGAGUAAGCCAGAGAAGGAGUGGGUAAGUAAACAUCUUUCAGAUGCAUUGGAGAAGCAAGUAGAGAUAGUUAGGUCUCUCGGUGAAUUUGGGUGUGGUGAUUCAAAAGCUGCUGAUAAAACUUUGGCGGACGAUUCUGGUGACGAUGUAGUCAUAAUCAGUGAUGACUCUAAGGCUACUUCACUCAGACAGCAUUCAGAAGAAAGUGAAAGUGCGGAGGGCGCUUCAGAAGAAACAGAAGUUAUAGCGUUGAAAAUAGAAAACGCAGAGUUGUUGAAGCAGAUUAAGAAACUUAAGUCACAACUGAUUACUGCACGGAAGAAGAACAAGGAGAUUUUCGAGUUUGCGACGGAAUUAGUAUUAGAGAAAAAAAAGAAGAAAUGA